GCAAACAACAACAGUAAGCGAGCAUAGGACAAGUGGGAUUUACCUUUCAAUGGCCGCCACUACAACAACAACAACCACAACACUAGCAACCACCACCGGCAAUAGCAGCAGCACCACCAACAACAACCACAGCAUCGCCAGCAGCAACAACAACAAUAAUAACAACAACAUUGUUACCGUACACGCCGUACUGAACAACCCACCCACCAACAUUGCAGGCGGUGGUGCAGCCGACGCCGCCACCGUUGCGAUUGCCAAGGACAUGUUGCAGCUGCAUCAUGGCGCAGCGGCGGCAGCAGCAGCAGCAGCAACAGCGGCGCUGAAUAACAACAAUACCAGCAGCAGCAACAACAACAACAGCAGCAGCAGCAGCAGUAACAGCGCGGCAAGCAACAACAACAACAGCAACAGCGCCGAUCAGCUGAUCAACAAUUCAGCAAACCACCCACCUGCCACUAGUAGCACCACCGCCUCAUCCUCCUCCUCCGCCAGCACCACCACCCCCUCCGCAUCAGCAUCUCCGCCGCCAUAUGGAGAGCUGCGCUUCAACCAGGAGGUGUUGCCCAUCACGGACGCCGUGACGGUAAUCGGACGCAACUCCUCCACAUCGCUGGUCCACUUCAAUGUGGCGGAGAACAACCUGGUCUCGCGGAAGCACUUCCAGGUUCUCUACGAUGUGGAGCUGCGCGCCUUCUUUGUCCAGUGCCUCAGCAAGAACGGCAUCUUCGUGGACGAUUUCCUGCAGCGGCGCAACGUGGAUCCACUUCGUCUGCCUCAGCGCUGCUACUUCCGCUUUCCCAGUACGGAGAUUCGCAUAGAGUUCGAGAGUUAUGUGCCCGCCCCUCCAUCGGAUGCAGCCGCCGGUCAUUCGCCAUCGUUGGUCGUAAGCGGUGGUGUAGUGGGUGGUGGUGGUGGUGCCCACGUUAUUAUAACACCGCCGCCGAGGGACGAACUUCACCAGCAGCAGCAGUUGCAGCAUCACCACCAGCAGCAGCAACAGCAGCAGCAGCUGCAGCAGCAGCAGCAUCCUCACCACCAGCCAGCGCACCACCUGCCGCUGCAACAACAGCAGCAGCAACAGUCGCACCACCCACUCCCGCACGCACCUCACCACCCGCUCCACAGCCACACAGCUCUGCACCAGCAGCAACAGCGUAGCGGCAACAUCGUUGUGGCGCCAUCAGCUGGGGCAGCUGCCCACCUAAUUGCCGGCGAUGGACCCGGCAUCUAUUCUCCGCUCAAGAUUUCCAUACCCAAGAAGGAGCAGAAGAGCCCCUACCUGUCACCAACUGGUACAAUAAGCGCUGCCAACAGUUGUCCGGCUAGUCCACGUCAGGGUUUCAUCCAGAAUCAGCCCAACAAUUACAACAACUACAGUAACAACAACACACAGGAUCUGUUCCAGACUCCCUCCACAGCCAGCUACAAUCACAACGAGAAGCCGCCGUAUAGCUACGCCCAGCUUAUCGUCCAGGCCAUUUCUGCCGCACCGGACAAGCAGCUAACGCUCUCGGGCAUUUAUUCGUUUAUAGUCAAGCACUAUCCGUACUACCGCAAGGAGACGAACAAGGGCUGGCAGAAUUCCAUACGUCAUAAUCUCAGUUUGAAUAGGUAUUUCAUCAAGGUAGCCCGGUCACAGGACGAGCCCGGCAAGGGCUCCUUCUGGCGCAUUGAUCCGGACAGCGGCGCCAAGUUGAUCGACCACAGCUACAAGAAGCGUCGCCAGCGAAGCAGCCAGGGCUUCCGUCCGCCAUACGGGAUGCCCCGCUCGGCGCCCGUCUCGCCCAGUCACAUGGAUAAUUCUCGCGAGAGCUCACCGCUGCAGGAUAUUGUGCUGCAAUCGGCUCCCGGAUCACCGGGGAUGUCGCUGGAACAGCGAGCCGCUGAUGCCGAAAUAAUCUACAACUCUCAAAAUGCACACCAGCAACAGCAGCACCAACAGCAACAGCAGCAGACGCUGUCGAGCAAUUCCAAUCAGUACAGCAGCGGUAGUCCUUACUACGUAACCAAUCAAAACUCCGGCGUGGCCGCGCCACAAUCGCACGUUGAGGGAAGCGGCGCGAGCGGAGGCGGCGGAGUUGGAGCUCUGAUUGCUCUGAAGAGGAACCAUGUGAUGGGCGGCGGCGGUGCGUCCCAUUCGCUGCAUCAGCAGCAGGCGGUGGCACAACAACAGCAGCAGCAGCAGCAGCAGCAGCAACAACAGCAUUCAGAGAUUAUCUAUGAGGAGUUGCCGACCGACUACAGUGGUCACAUCGAGGCCACCGAGGAGGAGUGCGUCACCACUGCCACCGAUGCCACCGUGGCCAAGCGACCCAAGUACGUGUCCGAGGUGCUCUGAUGCGUGCGGAUCCAGAAGCACCGGCAGAACAAGGGCAAAUAGUGGGCCCCACGGGUGGAAACGAUUAGAAAGCAAAACAAAAAGUAUCUCCAUCUUGUAUAUUGAAUUUGCCAAUCACAAACCUACCUACACCUACACCCCGAAAACCAAUCAAAACAAAAAGCGAACCCAACACACAAUAUAGGAAAUCAAAAAGGCACGCGAAGCAAAGCAACACGAAAGCAAAUUGUAUAAAUUGAUAUGGAACAUUUUACAAAUAGCAACUGUGAGAUUGUGUUUGAAAUGUUGGCCCAACAACCGUUCAACGGCGGCAACUACAUGCACACCUUUCGAAAUUCGAUACCCGAUUCGAAGUUACGACUUAAUCCCUUAGAUCUGACGAAUUCAAUAUGCUCGAUGACGCUACUCUCUAAGUAAUAUAAUAAAAAUUAAGUUUAAAGCGAGGUAAAGCAGCAAACAAAGCAAAAUUAUCUAGAUAUAUGCGAUUGAUUAUUGUAAUGAUUGAUGAUUAUGAUGUUUAAGAUGUUAUAGCUAUGUGACCGAAUUGUGCGAGAAGCGUGAGAAAAUUGGGAAAGAAUUAAGUAACAAGCAACCAACCACACAAGUAACAAACAAACAGGCGAAUGAAUAAUAUUACCUAUCUACAUACCUAUAUCGAUUUAAAUAUAAUAUAUAUAUCUAUAUAUAUACAAACAUUAAAAUACAAACAAAAACAAAAAUGAUGAAAUUUAAUAAGUAAUAUCUACAAAUUUACGGAUACAAUAACGAUAUAUAAAGAUUGAAAUGAUAGCACAUUAUUUCUUAUUAAUGAAGAAAAUCCCAUUUAAGUGUUUGGACAAAUUGUGUAUUAAAAAACAAAAAUCAAAUGUA